CAGUCCACGAUAGUUACUCUUAAAGGUGACAUAAGAUUCCUCGUUAAAAGCCUUCUAGUUCAAAAAAAAUAAAACUUUUAUAACAUGGUCCCUAUAGGGACCAAAGGGCAAGAAAGGGUUAACAUAUUAUACAGGUGACUGUGAAAAUGGUGAAGAUGAAGAACAUUGUUUAGAACUUGAAGAACAUGAAUGUGAUAGUAAAACACAGUCUAGAUGUAAAAAUGGUUUAUAUAUUGAUAAACACUUUUUCGUUGGUUUAGUUUUUGAUUGUCUUGAUUGGUCAGAUGAAACUGAUAAAAGUUAA